AUGACACCGCGAAAGCUCGAUAAAUCGCAUGGCUUCAUGCAGUCAAUAAUAAAAAAUCAAGUCUUACGUGACGAAUACGACAAGGAACAAAAAUUAGAACUCGCUACUUCAAAAAAAAAGGAUCAACAAAUUUUGAAAAAUGAGAGGCUCACUGGUACGGUUGAUAAGGAAACGAAAAGAAACCGCACGUCAAGAAGAGAGGCAAAACAGUUAUACGUCCCGCCACACAUGAAAAGGCAAGGCGCCGUGGAAAAUGGUGAACAAAGUAUGUCACUAUUUUUGCUGUUGUCUGGCUACCUGACAUAUUUCUUUGUUUGUUUGUUAUGGGUUUAAAUAAAGGUGAUAUUUGGUACGAACUGCGCAUGGCAGAGGAUGACAGUGAUGAUGAUAACCAUGGUGGUGAUCAUGGUAGUGAUUAUGGUGAUAGGGAUGAUGGUAGUGAUAAUGAUGGUGGUGAUUAG